GGGUGCAUUUGCUGUUCUUUCAUUCAUUACACACGUUACCAUCUCUCUCUCUCUCUCUCUCUCUCUGUCUACAUCACCAUCCCUCAACCUUCCUCCUGAUGAGCAUCUAAGGCUUUUCUUUCUUUCCUCUUUCCUACAUUGUGGAUCCAGUGUAACUCCAAGUCAAAGCAACAGUGUGUACGCGUGGGAACGCAGAUGAAACAGCAUGGACCUGGUGAUCUGGCUUGAUGUGGCUGUUCUGCUCUCACUGUGGCAGUGUGUAGAGAGCACAGGGGCCGCCAAGGAAUGGACAUAUGCAGGAGCAACAGGUCAGUCAGAAUGGCCAGUUUUUUUCCCCGAGUGUGGUGGAUCCUCUCAGUCCCCCAUCAAUGUGGACACUUCCAAAAUUCACUAUGACGCAUCACUUCCUGAGUUACGGCCCCUGGGAUAUGAGCAGUAUGGCCACGAACCCUUUACACUCUCCAACAAUGGUCAUACAGUGGAGAUCCCAUUACCGAGCUGGAUGGGCGUGGCCGGGUUGCCAUGGCACUUCAGCGCUGUUCAGCUACACCUACACUGGGGAAAUGGAGUGGGCGUGGCUACAGGAAGCGAGCAUAGCAUCGAUGACCAGAGGGCUUCCGCAGAGCUCCAUGUAGUCCACUAUAAUUCCGAGUUGUAUUCAAAUAUUUCCGAAGCUAAAACCCAAGGAAAUGGCCUGGCUGUUCUUGCAGUGCUCAUAGAGGCAGGUGAGGAGACCAAUCAGGCGUACACUAACAUCCUGAACUACCUGGGCCGCAUCAGGUACGCAGGUCAGAAGGUGCUUAUUCCUGCGUUUAAUGUGGGGACUCUGCUUCCCAGUGACCUGAGCCGGUAUUUUCGCUAUUCUGGCUCACUCACCACACCUCCAUGCCACGAGAGUGUGCUGUGGACUAUCUUCAUUGAAAAGGUCAAAAUCUCUCACUCCCAGUUACUGAAGUUAGAGACAAUGCUGUAUAUCAGCAGGCCUGGCUCAGCCAACCCCAAGCCUCUACAGGACAAUUAUCGCUCAACACAACCACUCAACAACAGGACAGUGCUCUCCUCCUUCACCCCGGUUUCUGGAAAUAUCUACACAGCCGGUGAAAUUUCAGCCAUGGUGGUGGGCGGUCUGUGUGGCUGUGUAGGCUUGGCCGUGAUUGUUCGCUUCAUAGUAAAGACAAUUCGUGAAUUCCAAAUGAAUUUGAACUGAAUUUGAGACAUGGGGAAUAGAGAAUAUAGGACAGGGUUUCAGUAAUAUUAAACCAGGAAGCAGGAAACACAGGAGCAUUCUAAUAUAUUACUGUGGCAACAUAUGAACCUAGAGAUUAUAGAACCAUGGAAACAUAAAGUAAAACAUAGAAACAAAGAGCCCUGAUAAUAUAACCCUGUGGUUAUUAGACUGUGAAAUUUUCAGAUAGAUGGUGCUCACGAGAGCAUAACUCAAACCAUAGAAACCUGGGAAUAUGGGAUAAGGCAAACAUAGUUUCCAGUCAGUAGAUAUGACUCAGUACUAUUGUUGAGGCAUAACACUAAUACCAUAACACCAUGCAGUGAUCAUAUGAUCAUUACCUAAUCACAUGUUCAAAAUAUAAAUCCAUGAUGUAGUCGUUUGAUUAUCAGUCGUGUAUAUGUCUGAUGUGAAUGUUGUCAUGAUUGAUUACCUGAUUGCCUUUUUAUUGAUCACAUAUGUAGAAUAAAAAUUUUUUGGUCAUGUGUCUCUCGG